AACGCGCCUCAAACUCAGUCGAACUUAAACGGCGCUGGCAAUCGGACGCGUUUUGAAAACUCUCUCUCUCUGCGAUUUCAUUCUGGUUUUUUGGGAAAGUAAAAAAAGGUGCGAAGAACAACGAGAACAACAACAACAGUAACAACAGUAACAACAACAUCAACGGCAGCUGCAAGAAUAAUAAUAGAAAUUGCUGUCGGGCAGAAAACUGGAAAUCCAAAGGCAGCAGCAAGAAAUCAGUUUUGACCAUUCGCAGACUCACCGCCGACCGACCAUGAUCUUGCGAACGCCACUCGCUGCCGGCCACCAGCUGCAGCUGCUCCUGCUGCCCUCCGUCCUGCUCCUCCUGCUCCAUCUCCUUCUCUGCGAUGCGAAGACGGUCAAUCCCGAUGAUUCCAUGCAGAUGCAGCACCACCAGAUGAACGCGGAGCCGGGACUGCCGGAGCCCAGGGCCUACAUGCCGGAUGCCCAGCACCUGGACUUUGUCUACCACGAUCACGAGGAGCUCACAAGGUUUCUCAGAGCCACCAGUGCGAGGUACCCCAAUCUCACCGCCUUGUACUCCAUCGGAAAGUCCAUCCAGGGACGUGAUCUUUGGGUGAUGGUGGUCAGCUCGUCGCCAUAUGAGCACAUGGUGGGCAAGCCGGAUGUGAAGUACGUGGGCAAUAUCCACGGCAACGAGCCCGUCGGCCGGGAGAUGCUGCUCCACCUCAUCCAGUACUUCGUGACCAGCUACAACUCGGAUCAGUACGUCAAAUGGCUGCUGGACAACACACGGAUUCACAUCCUGCCCACAAUGAAUCCGGAUGGUUAUGCGGUUUCCAAGGAGGGCACAUGCGAUGGUGGCCAAGGAAGAUAUAAUGCCCGUGGAUUCGAUCUGAAUCGCAACUUUCCCGACUAUUUCAAGCAGAACAACAAGCGGGGUCAGCCGGAAACGGAUUCGGUGAAGGAUUGGAUAUCCAAGAUCCAGUUCGUGCUCAGUGGAAGCCUGCAUGGUGGUGCCCUGGUGGCCAGUUAUCCGUACGACAAUACGCCGAACUCCAGUCCUUUGGGCGCAGUGUUCCAGACCUACUCGGCGGCGCCAUCGCUGACGCCCGACGACGAUGUGUUCAAGCACCUGUCCCUGGUCUAUGCCCGCAACCAUGCCAAGAUGUCCAGGGGCGUCGCCUGCAAGUCGGCGACGCCGGCCUUCGAGAACGGCAUCACCAACGGAGCCGCCUGGUAUCCACUGACCGGCGGGAUGCAGGACUACAACUACGUGUGGUACGGCUGCAUGGAGAUUACGCUGGAGAUAUCCUGUUGCAAGUUCCCGCCAGCCUACGAGCUCAAGAAGUACUGGGAGGACAAUCAGCUGUCCCUCAUCAAAUUCCUGGCCGAGGCGCACCGCGGAGUCCAGGGAUUCGUGUUCGAUCCGGCGGGCAUGCCCAUUGAGCGAGCCUCCAUCAAGAUCAAGGGACGCGAUGUGGGUUUCCAGACCACCAAGUACGGCGAGUUCUGGCGCAUACUUCUGCCGGGCUACUACAAAGUGGAGGUCUUUGCCGAGGGCUUCGCUCCUCGCGAGGUGGAGUUCGUGAUCGUGGAGCAGCAUCCCACGCUGCUUAAUGUGACGCUGCAGCCCUCGAAGCGCUUGGAGGGCAUCGGGCCCAUGGGUCCCGGCGGAGUGCCAGUGGGUGGCGGAGUGGGUCCCGGUGGAUUGUACCGCCCGAUUCCGGCGCCCCAGCAUUACCGCCCACCUGUACCGCCGUACGCGGGCGCCGCCUCCAGCGACAGUGGCAUUUUCUCGACCAUCAGCAAUGGCUUGAACAGCCUGUACUCGAAUAUAUUCGGCUGAGGAGCGGCGAUUUCGAGGAUCUUCAUUAAGGAUUUUUUUAUUUUAUUUUAAGCAUGCCUAGAACUUAAGUUGAAACCUUCGUCGUACUAUUUAUUGUGAACAGGAAGAGAUGGAAUGGAGAGAUCCGAAUAAAGCGUUCAACCCGUGCAAUCUAUUCUAUAA